AUGCUGCUAAUCUGGACAUUUUCAGUGUUGCUGGGAACAGUCGUAGGAAAAGAGGUCUGCUACGAUAGACUUGGCUGCUUCAGUGAUGAUUCCCCUUGGGCGGGAAUUAUAGAAAGACCCCUCAAAGUAUUGCCUUGGUCUCCAGAAGAAGUCAACACUCGCUUCCUCCUGUACACUAAUGAGAACCCAGACAACUUUCAAGUAAGAACGCUCAUUGAAAUCGUUGCAGAUGCAUCAAUCAUUGCAAGCUCCAAUUUCAAAACAAAUAGAAAAACCCGCUUUGUUAUUCAUGGAUUCACAGACAAGGGAGAUGAAAACUGGCUGCAGGGUAUUUGCAAGAACCUGUUUACCGUGGAAAGUGUGAACUGCAUCUGUGUGGACUGGAAAGGCGGCUCCCGCACAGGGUACACACAAGCCACACAGAACAUCCGGAUUGUGGGUGCAGAGGUGGCGUAUUUAGUGGAUGUUCUUAAGUCAUCAUUUGAAUACUCACUUUCUGACGUCCACGUCAUUGGCCACAGCCUGGGUGCCCACGCUGCUGGGGAGGCAGGAAGGAGGACCAAUGGGGCUAUUGGACGUAUCACAGGGUUGGAUCCAGCAGAGCCUUGCUUUGAGGGCACACCUGAAUUGGUCCGAUUGGACCCCAGCGAUGCCCAGUUUGUGGAUGUAAUUCACACAGACGCUGCCCCAAUAAUCCCCAACCUUGGGUUUGGAAUGAGCCAAGUUGUGGGCCACCUAGAUUUCUUCCCAAAUGGAGGAAAAGAAAUGCCUGGAUGUCAGAAGAAUGCUCUGUCUCAGAUUGUUGACAUAGAUGGGAUCUGGGAAGGAACGCGUGACUUUGUGGCCUGUAAUCACUUAAGAAGCUACAAGUACUAUGCUGACAGCAUCCUCAACCCUGAUGGCUUUGCUGGGUUCCCUUGUGCCUCUUACACCGCUUUCAGCACAGACAAGUGCUUCCCCUGUCCAAGUGACGGCUGCCCCCAGAUGGGUCAUUAUGCUGACAGAUUUCCUGGGAAAACAAAAUCAGAGGGCCAGACAUUUUAUCUAAACACUGGUGAUGCCAGCAAUUUUGCCCGUUGGAGGUAUAAGGUGGCCGUCACACUGUCCGGAAGGAGAGUUACAGGACACAUACUAGUUUCUUUGUUCGGAGAUAAAGGAAACUCUAAGCAGUAUGAAAUUUUCAACGGUACUCUCAAACCAGACAAUACUGAAUCCAGUGAAUUUGACUCAGAUGUGGAAGUUGGAGUUUUGCAAAAGGUUAAAUUUCUUUGGUACAACAAUGUGAUCAACCCAACUCUACCCAAAGUGGGAGCAUCCAAGAUCAGUGUGGAAACAAACGAUGGACAAGUGUUUGACUUCUGUAGCCAAGACACUGUGAGGGAAGAGGUUCUGCUCACCCUCAACCCAUGUUAGGAACUGCGGC